AUGGUCGGAGCAUUUCCAAGAUGGAAGCUGCUGUUCCUGCUCUUUUCAUUCUUGGUGUCUGGCGAAAAGACCAUAGAGCCAGCUGUGCUGGUAGAGCAGCCAGAUGGAACCACAAAGGGCUGGAUCCAGUUGUGCAGAGAGGUGAAUGCCCUUCGAUCCAACUUGCCUUCCUUUGUGGCGAAGUUAGGGGACCUUUAUGAGGCCCGACAAACCAUCAGUAAGAAACGUCGCCUACUUCAGAGAGACCACAACCACACAAGCUCGUUGUGGCAGAGCUUGGCAUGCGAAGUUGCAUCGCCAGGUGGCCCUUGGCGGCUGAAGGUUGACCUCGAAGCACCAAAGGAAGCACCUCCAGCCUUCCGCAAGCAUCAUCGUGUAGUCCUCGUCUUCCCCACCAGCUGGCCGCAAAGCUUGCCAAGCAUCCGCUUCACCGGGCAGCUCAGGAGCCUCUACGUCAAGCCACCUGAUGAAGACAAGAGCGAUCAUGUUCAUGAGGCGAGCAGCAAGCUGCUGGCACGCCUGCAGGAAGCCGUUGGCCCCAUCACCUGCAUGUGGCGCCAGACAGGCGGCUGCAAUGCCACGGGAGAUCGGGAACCAGAAAAGGAUCGACUGUGCGGUGAGAAUGUGCCACUGGGGAACUCUGGUUUCUGCGACUGCAAUGGUGACGGCUUGAUGAACGGAGCCGAGCCUGGCUACAGUUGCGAAAGCAGCCCAGGUAGCUGCGAGACCAGGUGCCCACAAGAGGUUCAAAAAGGUCGAUAUGACUUGCAUGGGUUGCUCUCUCAACUGCAUCGAUCAUUGGGCGGCGCACUGCAUCCGUCGGAUCAAACGGCGUGGCAGCGGACAGCCUCCACCUUCGAGGAGGAUGCAAGUACAGUGGUGAAGUACGCCGCGUAUGGCCGAAAACACGAAGAACUCUUCUGGGCAAAUGGCCUAAAGCUGGAGGAUGCGAUUGAUCCCAGGAUCUUCAAGCUGAUCUUCAAGGUUUUCAACGGCACAAGAUAUAGCAGGGCCGAAGCCAAAAAACAACUGCUUGCCUCUGGAUUGAUCAAAGAGAUUAUCCCUGACCUAGUUUUUAGCUUUCCAGUGUUCACACUGGAGUUCUGCACUUUGCUGAUGGAGGAGAUCCGGAACUUUUAUGGCUCCAAGCUGCCGGCACGGCGGCCGAACUCCAUGAACAACUACGGCAUCAUCCUCAACGAGAUCGGUUUGGAGCCGAUGAUCUUUGACCUCCAAGAUGCGUUGAUUCAACCGCUGGCUUCGGUGCUUUUUCCUUUGGAAGGAAGUGAGCUGGAGUCCCACCAUUCCUUCACCAUCAGGUACAAAGGUGGAGAAGAUACACACCUGGAUGUGCACACAGACGAUUCGGAUGUGACGUUCAACGUGAACAUCUUCGGCAACUACACUGGUGCGCCGCUGGUGUUUUGCGGCAUUAAUGGUGAGCCUGACCACAGGCAUUUCCGCACCGCUUACCAGCAUCAGCUGGGCUAUGCGAUCAUCCACAAGGGGCGGCACAGACACGGAGCAGAGGAUAUCACUGGUGGUGAGCGAAUGAACCUGGUGGUUUGGUCAUACUCCUACAACUACCGUCAUUCCAAGGAAAGUAUCAAGGUUCACCAGCGCGAAGCGGCCAAGCCCGAUGAGCGCUGCGUAUCCUACACCCAUGAUAGGGACUUCGGACGCUACAAAGCAUGGCCUGAAGGGAAGAAAGAACGAUUUCUUGGCCGUGGCUGGUGCCCACCGAGAGGCAAAGAAUAUGUGGCUUGGCAUUGGCGCAUUGAAAAGAGAGAGAGAGAGAGAGCGAGCGAGGGAGGGAGGGAGGGAGGGAGCGAGGGAGCGAGGGAGCUGUUAAGAGACAAGCUUUUUCACAAUAGCUUACUUACUCCAUCGUAG